AUGUCUAUCUACCCGAAGUUUUGCAACGAGCUGAAGCUCGAGGUCUGGGACCAGGCCGCGAUGAUCCCCGGCAUGCAUUAUUUCCAGCUGUAUGUCGAUCGCUAUGCUGAUGCCAUGCCUCUUGGUGAUAUCAACACACAAACUCCUCAGCUCAUGCCUGCGGAACCAGAGGCAUACGAUCCUUCUGCAUGGCGACAGCGCAGCAAGCUCAUGGAAAUCGACGCAGCAUCAGAGAGGGCGAUAAUGGGUCUCUUCAGAAGACCUUCCUCCAAGAAGAUGUGGCCCCGAAUGCCGUUCAAGGAUACUCCCAAGACAAAGGAUCGCGCAUUCAUCCUCCGCGACCUCGAUAUGAUCUGCAUUCAAUUCAUUGGCCGUGUCACUGCCAGCUGGGUUCGACCGGUGCGAAACCAACACGUAUUUGCUGGUAUCAAGCAAGUAUCCAUGGAGUAUGACUACCAGUAUAUAGAUGGUGUCUACAAAGAUCCGCCUUUCCAGUGCCGCGGCGAUCUGCCCCGCCGCUGCGACUUGAAGUUUUGCCCUCUCUUGCUAGACAAGUUUAUUAGUUACUUCCCUGACAUGAAGAAGUUCUUCUUCAUCAUGAAGCUAACUCUGGAACACCUCCGCCCCAUCGAAUCGGUCCAAAUCACAACCGGUAAGCGAGACCACGAGGGCAAUUUCAAGAACGAGGGCAACAAUAGUCUCCUUACCCAGCCUCGCAUGACUCGAAAGCAAGCUUCUGCGUACCACUUGAAGAGCACUUACGAGAAUUUCCGAGAUACCGCCCGACGCGAGAACCUAGCAAGCUUCGAAGACAUGGAGCACUUUUAUUACGAAGUCCGUAAGUGCGACAGCCAUGUCUUGACCGUACACGAUGAAUUCUGGAGGCAUUUCCGCAAGCUCGAGGAACUUUGGGCGGCGCAGGAGAGAACCCCGAACCUUGGACACAGGAUUAACAAGGUUGAACUCGGCCUGCUUAUCUUCGUCGACCAGAAGGAUAUCAACCCUCUCGCAACUCGUCCGAUCAAGUCCAGAAAGGCGACUGGCCGUGAGGCGGCGAGCUGGCCGGUAAUAAAGGCGCCAGUAUGA